AUGCAGCGAGCUAGAAUACACCUCCUAUCUUCGUGCCAGCAAUGUAUACGUCACCAGCAAUGGCGUACAUUAGCUUCCUCUUCUGCAUCACAACCAAAACCAAAGAUUGAAGCAACUGGUCCACUGAAGGGUAUUAAAAUACUGGACUUGGGAAGAGUGCUGGCUGCUCCAUAUGCCUCCAUGAUAUUGGGUGAUCUAGGUGCCGAUGUCAUCAAGAUUGAACAACCUGGGUCUGGUGAUGAUACAAGGCAUUGGGGACCACCAUUCGCUAAAAACAUUGAUCCUAAUGAUACUGGUAAACCAGAAUCUGCUUAUUUCUUGGGUAUCAACCGAAACAAGAAAAGCAUGACUGUAAACCUCAAACACCCAGACGGUGUCGCAAUAAUAAAAAAACUAGCUGCCAAAUGUGACAUUCUCAUUGAAAACUACUUGCCUGGUAAACUCGAUGAGAUGGGAUUGGGGUAUGAGGUUAUGAAGCAGAUUAAUCCUAGAUUGAUUUAUGCUUCUGUGACGGGAUACGGACCUACAGGACCUGAUUCGCAGAAGCCGGGUUAUGAUUUGAUGAUUGAAGCGGAAGCUGGACUAAUGUAUAUUACCGGAGAACGAGAUGGGCCACCAGUUAAAGUCGGAGUUGCCAUCACUGAUAUGGUAACAGGCCUAUACGCCCACGGCGGUAUCCUGGCAGCCCUCAUAGCCCGUCAAAAAACAAACCGUGGCCAAAAAGUCGAUGUUUCCUUAAUCGAAUCACAAGCUGCUGCCCUCGCAAACAUUGCCCAUAACUGGUUAAUCGGUGGUGUUGAAGCUUCUCGAUGGGGAACUUCCCAUCCUUCCAUUGUACCGUAUCAGAGAUUCCCAACAAAGGACUCAUUUGUUGUUGUGGGAGCUGGUAAUGAUAGACAGUUUGGCAAGUUGGUUGAUGUCAUGGGUAUGGGCGAGUUUAAGAGUGAUGAGAGGUUUAGGACUAAUGAUGGGAGGGUUAAGAAUCGUGUUGUUUUGAUCGAGACAAUGAGCAACAUUUUCAAAACCCAAACGACCGAAUACUGGCUCAAAGCUUUAGAACCAAUCAAUAUUCCAUUUGCGCCUGUCAACAAUAUAGCACAAACAUUCGCACACCCACAAGUAAUACAUCGCAAAAUGAUUGAAGAAGUAGACCACCCAAGAGCUGGUAAAAUCAAGAUUGCCGGUAUACCCGUCAAGUACAGUGGCACUCCACCGAACGUGAGACUACCACCUCCAGUGCUGGGACAACAUACCAGAGAAGUUUUGUCCACAUUCUUGGACUACUCGGACAACGAGAUUGAUGCUUUUAUUGCUGAGAAGGUUGUAUAA